UGUGCAGAAUGAAAAUGGAAUGAUCUAAAAUUCUCAAUCGGUUUUCAGUUGAAACCAUAAUAAGGUGUAUUAAAUGGGCCAGGUGGUUGUGUAUCUGGCAGCUUCUUCAGGGGUGUUGGUUCAGGUCACGUGUGGCAGAGGUCCCAGGUUUCCAUUGCAUUUAAAUCGAAAUGUUGCUGUCUAAAGUUAACUAUAAAAAUUGUGUGUCUAUCACUUUUUUCCAAGUGUGCACUUUAGUUAGCGCUCGACUACGAAUCACACAGCAUGAGUGUGUUAGCUAUUGGGUGAGGGAUGUUGAAGAGAUCUGUGCCAACCCAAACCUAGUAACCUGUAGGUGCCUGUUGAGUGGCUGGGGAGUUGUUUUCAGAAGCAAUUGUUAGGAAGCUCUCAUACAACCGUGGAAUGAUUCAUAUUGCUCCUGUCUUUUUAAUGCAAAUCAUCCAACAAGCUGUUAGCAGUGGCUCUACCAGUCUACGUGUAGACAUUAGUGGUGUUUGGAUGAAUAGAAUCAGGGUCAAAGGGGGUUCCCAGCAAUAUUCCAUAAUGGCAAAAUAAGCAAGGGACCUCACUGAGGUGCAGUAGUUACUUUCUAGAAGAUUCACAUUGAAUAAAAACAGGUAGGACAAUGUCGUAAUACCCUUGGGCGAGACACUUAAUCUAAUUCGCUUUAGUAUAUACACAGCUGUAAUUUAUGGAUUCUUGUUGCGCAAGUUUCUCUGGAUAAUAGCGUAUGCUAAAUGCCAGUAUGUAAUGCAAUGUUUGCAGCUGCUUGCUAAAGGGAAUUAAAAGGUAAUCUGGGAGCUUUCCGAGCCCUUGGCUGCCAGAUCACAGCAAGACUCAAAGGUGAAAAUCAGGGAUGGCCCAGUCUUCUCGACCCAGCCAUCAGAGACACGCUGGGCAGACCUUGCUUUCCUGCCUCGGAGUCUCGUGUUUUUACUCAAUGGCACAGAGUUAUGCUUAAGUAGCUUCAACCAAAAAAAAACAUGUAUACUGAACUCAUCUCUUGUGAAGCUGAAAAUAAAUUGGAAUAUCACUUCCAUAUUGUAAACUAUUUUUGAGUGGGGAGCGCAGGUUCUUAGGCCAUAAAGAAAUUGUUCAUGUUUCAUUUUAUCUGUUUCUUCUUUCAGUCUGGCACAGGCUGUAUGUUCAAUCUCAGGUCAUAUCGCCAUUAUAGAUCAAACCAUCAUAUGCAGUGGACAUAUAGCUUAAGUAUGAUUCAAAUAAUGCAUCAGUAAUGAAUGCAAUUAAUCAGGUUUGAUUUUAAUAUGGCUGUGGUUAGGGUUAUAAAAAUGGUUAGGGUUGAGGCAGAAUUUGGGUUUCAUUCAGGAUCUAGGGCUUGGGUCAACCUUCUGCAUUGUAAUGUGUUAUUGGUGAAAUACAGUUAUUUCCAAUUUUGCAUUGUAUCGACUAUUUUGAUUGUUUAUAAUCAGUGUUAAUAGAAAAAAACUCAUGUAAAUCUCUUAUUUUCAUGUUCAAGUGCUAGGACUAGAAUUUAUACAAGGGUUAUUUUUUUAACAUUUGAUUGUUUUUCAUUCAUUAAUCGAAAAAUCACCCAUAGUCUUAUGUAUUGUUUCUGGGAUUUGGGUUAGGGAUUUUGGGUUAUGUUCAGGAUUAAGGGUGAGUGUUAGUCUUAGUUUUUCAUAUUACCCAAAGAAAAAGGAAUCCAGAGUUCUGUGGAACAGUUUCUUUUUCAAGCUGAAUGAUUAGUUAAGCAUGUACCUGCUGAUUCUUUUUUUAACAGGAUAUGUGAGGUUUCGACGCGUUUCGUGCAUAACUAUUCACUUAACACUUGUUCUGACCUGUAUCCCUGUAUUAUUUUUUUCUCAGACCUGGAAAGUCAGCAUUUUUCACAUUGAAACUCAAGUGUGUGUGCAGUUCCUUGCACGUGUGUAUGCAUAUGCACAUCAAUCAUUUGUACAGAUUUCACUUCUGCUAAUCAACUUGUCAAUGCAUUUGUAAUUAUUAUAAAUAUUAUUCUAAUGAAAGACAGUAUUAGCUCAGUGUUUCUCAACCCUGGUCCUGGGGACCCAUUGUGUAUGUUAGUUUUUGUUCCAACCUAAAUAGCAAGCUUUGUUUUGUAAUGAGAAAUACUAUAAUAAUUUUGUUAUUAUAGUAUACUUUUCUUUUUUUAUUUAGGGUGUAGACCUACUAAUAUCCCAUUUUUUUGUACUUGACAGUAUAAAUGUUACAUGACUCCCUCAGUUAAAAAAAAAAAACCCAUCAUAUUUAGUUCAAUCCUGAGUCAAAGAGACCCUCUGUUCAGCAAGAGCGCCCAGAUGCGGACUCACAGACAGGUCUUCUUUCUCAUACUCCGGCUCAUUUCAAAUCUCGCGAUUUUACGUCCUCGCGAUGUGUUGCCUUGACUUGUGUGGCAAGCAGCUCUCGGACGUUAACUGUAUCGAGCUUCUCCUGAACGCGCUAGUACAGUUGAGCGUGGAGAGCGCAGAAGACGUGAGGCAGAGGUAAGCUGGCACUGUAAAAGCUAGUAUUGUUAAAUUAAUUUUCUGAGUCAUAAAACUUGGAAACUUUUUUUUUUAAAAGAUCAGACACUUGUAUGUAUUCCUUUACUGUACACGAUUACGGAGACAGGGUUGACAAAAAUAAUGAAAAAAGCAUACCGGUUUAUUUUGCUGGAGGGAUAUCUUUGAAAAACUGUUUCAGAAGUCAUGUCUGAACUAGUCUUGGAUACUCUUUUUCUGAGACAAAAAAGAGUAUCUAAAAAAGAGCAGUCGGAGUGCAUAGAUAUAUUGUAAUUCUCUGAGCGCAUAACGUUUGCAUUUGAAAUUCUAGUUUCAAGGACUUAUAUUUAAUCAGAUGAUGAAAACAGACGUUGGGGGGAUAGUCAGAGGUCUGAUAUGGACUGUAAGGUUCACUGGCUCACUCAGAGAACGGAGUGAAAGGGCUACGCUGUGUUCAGUAAAAGGGCUGACACAGUGGGACAGACAAGAGGAUAUUAGCAUGGAGUUAAGAUGAUAAUGACAUGUUCUCAGCUCGGAUCAGAUAAAAUGGGCAAGUCAAGAUUUUUUCGAAAUGGUCUAAUCCUGGGUUCUGUGUUUAUGAUUCUACUGAUUAUUAUUUAUUGGGAUGAUGUGGGAGCUGCUCAUUUUUACCUGCACACCACCAUAUCUGGACCUCAGGCUUCCCGACCCCCCCCCAUAAGUCGCUCCACGCCUAAGCACGAGGCUGUCGAGAACUCCAUCCCGUUAGACAUUGAUGCAUUUCUUAACCAGUUCUUAGAAGGCACUUCAGAGCCCCAUCAAAAAACAAGGGAUGACAACACCCCAGCAGCCUUUGGAAAUGCAUCCACGGCUGCCGGCAAACCAGAAGACAAGGACACCUCCGAGGAGAAGAGAAAGAGACAGGACGACAGGAAGCAGUUGAUGCAUGACUUGUGCAGCAUCAACAGCACCCUAGACUUUCCGGGGAAGAGCAGAACUUUUGACGACAUUCCCAGCAGAGAGCUGGACCACCUAAUUGUUGACGACCGCCACGGGAUCAUUUACUGCUACGUGCCCAAGGUGGCGUGCAGCCACUGGAAGCGUGUCAUGAUAGUGCUGAGCGAGACCCUCCUAGUCAAUGGUGUACCCUACAGGGACCCUAUGGAUGUUCCAUCCGAGCAAGUUCAUGACAUUAAAGUCCAUCUCACCCUCAACAAGUUCUGGAAGCGCUAUGGCAAGUUCUCCCGACACCUUAUGAAUGUCAAGCUGAAGAAUUAUACCAAGUUCCUGUUUGUCAGGGACCCGUUUGUGCGUCUGAUUUCAGCCUUCAGGAACAAGCUUGAGAAGGCGAAUGAGGACUUCUACCGAAGGUUUUCCACCGUCAUGCUAAAGAGGUAUGGCAAUUACUCCAACCCCCCGGCUUCGGUUGUUGAUGCAUUCAGGUCCGGUAUUCGACCGUCUUUUUCUCAUUUCAUUCAGUAUCUAUUGGACCCUAAGACACAAAAAGAGAAGCCCUUCAACGAGCACUGGAAACAAGUAUAUCGCUUGUGUCAUCCCUGCCAAAUCAACUAUGACUUCAUAGGAAAGUUGGAGACUGUGGACGAGGAUGCCGAACACUUGCUCCGAACCCUUCAGGUGGAUAACAUCAUCCAUUUCCCCCCCGGCUACCGCAACAGAACAACUAGCAGUUGGCAGCGAGACUGGUUUUCCAACAUCCCCUAUGAAUCAACCAGGAAGCUAUACAAGCUCUAUGAACCAGACUUCAAACUGUUUGGAUACUCCAAGCCAGAAAAACUGUUAAAUGACUUAUAGACAAACCUCCUGGGGAGAGUUUAGAGACAGCUUUGAGAUUACAUUUAUUUUCCUCACCAAAAAAUACAUACAUAUUCCAGUGAAAGAAGCCUGGAUGGUCCAUCAGAGCAGUCCACAUUGCAUUUCUGAAGCCUGAACCUUCCAUUAAUCUCUAGUGUGCAUGGCAUUUUGAGCAACCACUAUCAAAGUGGGAUCUGCUUCUCAAUUCUAAUCAGUGAAUUGAAUAGGAACAAGUACAUGCGCUUUAGAAAGGUUUCCGACAACAGGACCUGGAUCUGCAACAAUCCUUUUGGAAAGUCUGAAUAAUAUUUGUAGGGAUGAAGGAGGCACUAAGCAGUAUGUUAUUGGUAAUAAAUAAAACCGCUUUGAAAUGGGUACACAUUUUCAGGAAUGAUCAUUAGAAAGAUAGGGCCUAUGACUUAAAAUGAUCUAUGCAAUGGGAACUUAUUGUUGACAAAAUUAAGUUUACAACUGAAGCAGUGGUAACACUGAAAAUAUGCCUAGCAAGCUAGUGAAUUUUUGUUGCACAAACAAGGGUUUUGGUUACUAUAGUAUUGGUUAACCUUGAGAUCUCAAAAGUUUCAAAUAUCCCAAAUGAGCACUUUCUGUUCAGAACUUUUUCCAUGAGGAGCCUAAACUCAUCAUUUAUUCUGUGCCCAGCCAUUUUGAUCAUUUAUGAAUUAAGUGGUCCACGUUUCAACUUGUGAGAUUAGCCCGAGGCUAAACAUCAGUGUAGCAUUGGUGUUUACUUCCGGCUGUAGAAUGCAAAUUUCUGAGCAGUGUUGGAGGUCCCAAAUGUAUCCUCUUUUGAAGAGUCAGUGAAUUGUUGAAUGUUUAAGACUGCACACAAUUCAGCUUCCAUGAGAAAUAUCUGCAAGCCAUAGUCCCUGGUCACAGAACAUAUGUUGUGUUCUAACCAGGCAUAUCUAUUGUGUGCCAUCAUGAAAUAUGGAUAGAAAGCAAUAUAUGUCCAUUGUAAUGUGUAGACAUAAAUACAUGCUUACCCAUAUGGAGAUUAUUAGAUUGAGGUUUUGUUUUUUUUAGUGUGUAUUUUCCAUACAGAAAUAUAUAUUUUUUUUAGUUUAUGCACAUACAAACAUUUUAUGGUAGUAGUGUUAUUGGAAUGAACACACUCCUGCCAGUAUUGUCUGGGUUCUUCUUCCAUGCAUGCCUGUAUGUAACAUUAUUUUUGACUAUUUUUAUGAAUGUUGUUGGGUUCACAGGGAAAGGUGGCAUACUGUGCAGGAUUUUUACCUUGAAAAUAUGACAAAAAUAACCAUGCUAAGGCAUAUCUAUGAUGCCCCGGCAAUCUCUUGUCAUUCUAUGCACUUUUGCUGAAUUAGGGCACUGGCACCUGUAUUUGUUAUUCUAAAAUGUGUUUGGGACAUUUCUGGGUGGCACUCUUUUCUGUGUGGGGAGGGGUGGGUGUGGCUACAGAGCCUGAAGUUUGGAAUUAGAUGUUAGCGGACUGUUGCUAGCUGGCUAACCGCUGCAAUGGCCCAAAUACAGUGAAGCACGAGCCGAAAGGGCUCAUUCAAGAACUGGAGUUAGCUUUCAGUUGCUUUUCCCUCAGUGGCAUCAGCUUAAAUUCGGCAAGGGGAUGAUGCGUUACCUCUAGCUAGCCAGCUCUGGUUUUCAAAUUAUUUGUACACUCGUGGUCCCGACCGGACCAUGUAAUGUCAGGUCUGAUAGGAGAAAGUUACCUGUAGUUUAUAAUGAAUUCACAUGUGAGUGGCUUGGUCGGGUACUUGGGGGUGAGUGGGCGGGGAGACUUCUUUGAAUGUAAACACAUGGCCACAGCAAGGCUAAAAUAUCCUACAAAUUAUUCCCUUUAAACAGCUAGAAUAUUUAGCAUUUUUACUUCAGAAAAUGGGGCCUGCGAUGUAAAUACAGUAUCUAUGUUGGCUGGAGAUUACAAAGAGAUACUCCAUUGCACAGCCAUACCUCAGGGUUGGAAAAUGUGUGUGUGUGGGGGGAGAUCAAAGUUUUUCAAGUCAAGUAUUUUUCUAAUUGAAUUUUAUUUAAGGAAAUAUUUUUAAGUAAGGGAAUUAUUUUCAUAAGCUGAGGUGUAAAACAUAGUAUAUUUUUGCUACCACUUAAAAAGUGUUUUAUUAAAUAAUUUUUCCAGCUAUUGUGCUGCAAUUGAUGAGAGCAGUUUUUUGUUGGGGGAAGUCAAUGAUUUUGUGGUAUUUUAUAAGGCUUUGAUCUAUAUGCGCUUAAAUGAAAAGACUGUAUUCUAUGUUCUGCCUCUGCAGUAGCUUGCCUUUAAUGUUCAGUGGGUAUCCUAAACAAACUUCUGGUUUUGGUGACUUUUUGUUAAUCUGUAUGGAUGAGGUGUCCUUGAAAGGACUGGUCUAUAAACUUCAGUUUGCACAGAGGUGUCCUCACUAUCUGUUAAACUACAUAAAAAAUAUAAAUGGUCUCCAUCAAUGACUAGAUGGGGGUUAUUUUAGACAUGUAUUUAAAUGUUCAACAUGGCUUUUACUUGCAUGGACCAAGUUUUUUUGGGAGUUCACUGUAUUAACUGUAAAAAUUGGUGUAUGUUUGUUCUGCAUUUUAUAUUGCCCUAACGAAGGCUAGAUUGGCCAAAUUGACCGAUUACAUUACCAACAGGGAUUACUUCUAGGUCCAGUUGAUUUCAGCAUUUUGUUUAAUUCUUAACCUACUUUCCAAGAGUUAAAGAACACAAUUUUCAGUUCUUGCUGUAUGGUUUUUUUCAGGUUGUCAUUUUUCUGUGGGUUUAUUAAAGCAUACAGUGACAUUCAAA